CGUUUUUGAAUUUAGGGUCACUAAGCUGGCUCUUGAGGUGUUUCAAUUCAAGCCAUGCUUCCAAAUUUACCCAUGCGAUUAGUAAAGAAUCUUGUGAAUUUUCCGACUGUUGUUAGACAAUCUAUUAUUGACUCGUAUGAAAAACUAAAAUCUACGGACUAUCGUUCAAUUUAUGAAAUUUACGAUAAUCUAACUGGAUUGGAUCGUGUUAGAUCCUUACACGUUGGAGUCGCUGAAUAUUUUUCUGUAGAUGAAAUAUAAUGCCCCGAUUCUCUUCCAGGAAUAACGUGGUCACUCAGGCACAACAGUAAUAUACUUUACCCAUGAAACAAGAUGUAAAUGGGUUCAUCAACAAAAAAACUGAAUUUCGUCUGAAAAUUCAAACCACUGAUGUACAGACUGCAAUUCACUUUGGUUCGCUACUUGAAUCGUAAAUCAGCUGAAAGAAACUUCGUACAGAAACAAGUCGAAAGAAGAGCUUGUCAAACGGAAGUGUUUCAGUUAGAAGAAGCUAGAAAUCGAAUUAACAUACAACUAGAUAGUGUUAAACGUAGUGAUGAAAGUUUUUUGAAAUUAGUUACAGAGUUGCAUGAGCUUUCACGUCAACAUCAACAAGCUCGUGAUAAGUUAACAUCUAUUGAAUUAGCUGAACAAGUAACAUUUGAACAAUUCUCUAGUAUUUUACGUCAUUCACAAGCUGAAGAACGCAUUCAAGCUAGCCGAAUGCGACAAUGGACUGUUGGAUUUAGUUUAGCUGCUGGUUUGAUUGGUUUUAGCGCUACAUGGAUACGUUUUCGUCAACUUGAUAAGCAAAAUGCAUCAUCACUUCGCCUAACUUCUGCAACUGGUCAGCCAACUACUGAGUACUCCUUCCAAGAUAUAACUUCCAGUCUUCACUCAUCCAAUCAGAGAUUAAAAACAACAUUGGAUGACUUAAAUCAAAUAAAAAAUAAUUUGAACGAUCUGAUCAAAACACUGAAAGAAAAUUUGAACGUGAUGAAUAUGAAUAUUACAAAGUCAUCUGAUGUUAAGGAUGGUCAAUUACGUGUUGGCAAUAUCAUUGCAGAAAUUCCUAGUAUUGGUGAAACAAAAUAUAUGUAUUAUGCUUAUGGAACUGGUAUAUUACUUUUGUCUACUUUCAUAUUAUUCUUAAUUAAUAGAUAAAAAUGAU